CGCCCACAACACGCACACACUACCGGGCCCCAGAAGUCGACUAUACUUCUCUUUCUUCUUCCUUGAGCUACUUUCUCUUCCUCUGUAUCUUGUCUGACUGAUUCUUUUUGGCGUGUUUGCCGGGUUAAACGCAGGUAUGGCGGAGCUGGAGGGCCUGGAGUUUGGGAAGUCAGACUUUGUGCUCCUGGAUGAGGUGACGAUGGAGCAGUUUAUGGAGAAUCUGAAGUUGAGGUUUGAGAAGGGUCGCAUCUACACCUUCAUCGGAGAAGUGGUCGUCUCUGUCAAUCCUUACAGACAGAUGGACGUUUAUGGCAAAGAAACCAUCGAUGCGUACCGGGGCCGGGAGCUGUAUGAGAACCCUCCUCACCUGUUCGCUGUCUCUGACGCAGCCUACAAGGCCAUGAAGAGAAGAGCCAAAGACACGUGCAUCGUCAUAUCAGGUGAAAGUGGUGCGGGAAAAACAGAAGCAAGUAAAUACAUCAUGCAGUACAUAGCGGCCAUCACCAACCCGAGUCAGAGGGCAGAGGUCGAGAGCGUGAAGAAUGUGCUGCUCAUGUCCAACUGUGUGCUGGAGGCCUUCGGGAACGCCAAGACGAAUCGCAACGACAACUCCAGCCGCUUCGGCAAGUACAUGGACAUCAACUUCAACUUCAACGGCGAACCCACCGGAGGACACAUCAACAACUACCUACUGGAGAAGUCCAGGGUGGUUCAUCAGCAGGGGGGUGAGAGGAACUUCCACUCAUUUUACCAGUUGCUGCGUGGAGGCUCUAAUGAAAUGCUGCAGUCACUUCACCUGCAGAACGACCCUGCUGUUUAUACGUUCACCAGAGAGGGAGCAGCAACAACUACCUCCAACAAUGAUCACACGAGCCACAAAGCAGUCAGGAGUGCACUGGAAGUUAUCGGCUUUACAAAAGACGAGAUUGACUCAAUUUACCAGAUCCUGGCCUCCAUUCUUCUGCUGGGAAAUAUGCAGUUUGAGAGCGACGGUGAGAGUGUUGAGAUUGUGGGCCUGGAGACUGUGAACCACAUCGCUGAGCUGAUGGCCACAGACUCAGAGAGCGUCACAAAGAGCCUGCUGUACCGAACUGUGGCCACCGGGGGCCGCGAGGUCAUCGAGAAAGGUCACACGGAGCAGCAGGCCUGCUUCGGACGGGACGCUUUUGCCAAGGCUCUUUAUGAAAGACUGUUUGGCUGGAUCGUCGCCCGCAUCAACACCGUCAUUGAAGUGAAAAACUACAACCCAGUACUUCAUGGGAAAAACACAGUAAUCGGAGUCCUGGACAUCUACGGCUUUGAGAUCUUUGAGAACAACAGUUUCGAACAGUUCUGCAUCAACUACUGCAACGAGAAGCUGCAGCAGCUUUUCAUCGAGCUCAUCCUCCGACAGGAGCAGGGCGAAUAUCAGAGAGAGGGAAUCACCUGGCAACAUAUCGACUACUUCAACAACCAGAUCAUCGUGGACCUGGUGGAGCAGCCGCACAAAGGCAUCAUCUCCAUCCUGGACGAGGCUUGUCUCACUGUGGGUAACGUCACAGACACUGUCUGCCUGGACAGCAUGGACACCAAACUGGCCCAACACCCCCACUACACGUCCCGCAAGCUGAGCCCCACGGACAAAACCUUGGACUUCCAGAGACACUUUCGUGUUCGCCACUAUGCUGGAGACGUCACAUAUUCUGUUGAGGGCUUUUUGGACAAAAACAAGGACCUGCUUUUCCAAGAUUUCAAGCGUCUUAUGUACAACAGUUCCAACCCAGUGCUGAAGGAGAUGUGGCCAGAUGGUCAGCUGAGCAUCACCGAGGUCACUAAGCGACCUCUGACUGCCGCCACCCUCUUCAAGAACUCCAUUGUGGCCUUGGUGGAUAAACUGGCCUGCAAGGAGCCUUACUAUGUGCGCUGCAUAAAGCCCAACGAGAUGAAGUCACCGGUGUUAUUUGACGAUGCUCGCUGCCAGCACCAGGUGGCGUACCUCGGCCUGCUGGAGAACGUGAGGGUGCGCAGGGCGGGCUUCGCCUACAGGCAGCCUUACGCUCGCUUCCUGCAGCGGUAUAAAAUGACAUGCGAGUACACCUGGCCAAACCACCUGAUGGCCUCCGACAGGGAAGCGGUGGAGGCCAUUGUCACCCAGCAUGGUUUCCAGGACGACGUGGCGUACGGGCACACCAAGCUGUUUGUCCGAACACCACGCUCUCUUUUCACCCUGGAACAGGAGAGAGCUGCACUCAUCCCCAUCCUGGUGCUUUUCCUGCAAAAGGUUUGGCGUGGUGCUUUAGCUCGGAUGAGGUGUCAGAGGAUGAGGGCCAUCUACACCAUCAUGAGCUGCUAUAAACGCUACAAGGUCAAGGCUCACUUCUGGGAGGUGGUGCAGAGGUUCGCUAAUGUGCGAACUAUGGCCGACUACGGAAAGAGUGUCGAGUGGCCGACCCCGCCUGCAGCUCUGUCCCAGUUUCACAACAAUACUGUCAUGCUGCAUCGCAGGUGGUGGGCGAGGCAGAUCGUUAAGAAAAUCCCUCCGUCUGACAUGGCCGAGGUUCGGGCCAAGGUGGCGGCUCUGGCGGCUCUGAGUGGAGAGAGGAAAGACUGGGGGGUCAGUCGAGCCUGGGAGAGGGACUACCUGGCCAAUGUGCGAGACUGCCCUCAGACCAGCUCCAGCUUCAUCCGAGCGUCCAAGGAGCUGAGGAACAGGGACGAGUACGGUCAGGUCCUCUUCUCCAGCUUCUGCAGGAAGGUGAACAGAUUCAACCGGAACACAGAUCGCGGUGUGCUCGUCACUGACAAGUACGUCUACAAAUUAGAGCCGAAGAAACAGUACAAGGUUUUGAAGAAGCUUCCUUUAGACGCAUUCACAGGACUGAGCGUGACCAGUGGGGUCGACCAGAUGGUGGCGCUACACACGUCUACACAGGAUGAUGUCCUUUUUUGUCUGCAGCGAGGGGAGCUGUGCCCCAACCAGGACCGAGUGGGCGAACUGGUGGGAAUGCUGGUCGACUAUUUUACACGUAUAAGAAAAGUCCAGUUUCCUGUGAAGGUGUGUCGUUCAGCCCUGCAGCUACACAUGCGAGGGAAACCCAAGACGGUCACAGUGGAAGCCAAACUGGGUCAGACCAACGCAGACUUCAAGAAGAGCCGAGACGGUUUCAUCCUGCUGGUUCCCGGCAACUAGAAGACGUUGGUCCAACUGAACCACCAGCAGAGUGAGCUCAUGGAGCCUGGAAACAUCUGGAGCUCCGUGUCUCCUGAUCUGAACUGGUCAAAGUACCAGGGAGGAAACAAAGAUCUGAGACCUGAGUCUGCUUCAUUUUGAGCGACAGGGGGACGAAGCUCAAUCAUGCUGAGUAAACAAAUCUGGGAAAAUAAGAUUUUUGAAUUCACAUUUUUGUUGAUACCGUAGUUUUUAAAAGAAAAAUGAUAUAUGAG